AUGGCUGGCAGAAAUAUCGGGACGGGCAUAUUGGGAUGUUUCACUUUGCGAAAAGCUAAUCUAUUGGCUUCACGACUUGCGAACGCUGGGCCCGAUAUAUCCGUCUCGAUAAGUUUCCCUACACUUAAAAUCGAAGCAAUAGACAUAAAUGAUGGCAAAGGCUUCACUUCAAGAUUACUUCGCUUAAUAAUUAAAAUAAAAUAUACAAAUGGAAUUAACAACAGAACAAAAAAUUUUCCAAACAAAUUUUCUUUAAUUUUAAAAAUUUUUGCUGAUGAGAGGAUUGAAAUACUUUUACAACAUUUUUUUGGAAAGGAAAGAUUGGAAAAAGUUAUGUUAAAAUUUACAGAAAAAUUGACAAUAGAAAAUAAUAACAAUGAAGAAAUAAAUGAUAAAGUUGUAUCGACAAAAAUUAAUCCUGUGUUAAAGGAAUCAAUGGCAUCAUUUACAAGAAUGCAUAAAAACGAAUGUUUAUUUUAUAAAAUGAUGAAUGAUAUAGAAUAUCCCCCCUUGCCUAUACCAAAAAUUUAUUUUACAAAAAAUUGUUCAAAAGAUGAAAAUGAAGAUAAGAUUAAUAAGCUUGGGCCACAAGGAGUGAUUUUGAUGGAGGAUUUAAAAGAGAAUACACAUAUUACACCUUUAACUAAAGGAUUAAAUGAAAUACAAGUAAUUGAAUUUACCGUAUUCCUAUAAGACCCACUCUGAAUUAGAUUACGUUUUGAAUUAGAAUCACGCUUUGAAAUAGAGCUCCACUUUGGAUUAAAGCCCACCCACUUUAGAAAUAGUUGGUUGAAAUACUUCAUAUAAAUUAUAUUCGGUUUUCUGUGUC